AUGUAUGAGCCGCUAGCAAUUGUUGGAACAGCCUGUCGGCUGCCAGGUGGUGCGAGUUCGCCCUCGAAACUUUGGGAUCUCUUGAAGGCGCCGAGAGACGUUCUCCGAGAAUUUCCUCCAGAAAGGCUAAACACGACCGGUUUCUACAACGAUAAUGCCGACAUGCGCGGCCGCUCUCAUGUCCUUCACAAGUCCUAUUUGCUGGAAGAAGAUGUCCGUCAUUUCGACAAUGCCUUCUUCAACAUCAACCCAAAGGAGGCGGCCGAUAUGGAUCCCCAACAAAGGAUUCUUCUAGAAACCGUCUACGAAGCCUUUGAAGCAGCUGGAUGGUCACUCGGCGAUGUUGAUGGCUCUCAGACUUCAGUUCAUGUCGGCAUAAUGACGGAUGACUAUAAUUUGAUCCAGGGCCGAGACCCUGAUACGUUGGGUGGUCAUGCCGCUACCGGCAUAUCCCGUUCUAUUCUGGCAAAUCGGGUAUCCUACGUCUUCAAUCUGCAAGGGGCAUCUUUGGCACUGGAUACAGCAUGUUCCAGCUCACUCGUUGCCCUACACAUGGCAGUACAGGGCCUUCAGCGGGGAGAGGCCACUCAAGCAGUUGUAGCCGGUACCAACUUGCUUAUGGACUCGUCUUGGUACAUCAUGGGGUCCUCUAUGCAUAUGAUUUCUCCGGAGUCUCGAUGUCGUAUGUGGGAUAGGGAUGCCAGUGGCUAUGCUAGAGGUGAAGGCUGCGCUGCAGUGGUGGUGAAGACACUCUCCCAGGCGAUCCGCGAUAACGAUCAUAUCGAAUGCAUUAUCCGUGGGACCGGUGUCAAUUCAGACGGGCAAGGCAGCAGCAACGGUAUUACGAUACCCUCACCCGCGGCACAAACUGCCUUGAUCCAGCAGACAUACCGUGAUGCUGGGCUAGACCCCGUCACGGAUCGAUGCCAAUACUUUGAGUGUCACGGCACCGGUACCCAAGCUGGUGAUCCUGCAGAAGCUCAAGCAAUUCAAGACGCAUUUCGCGAAGAGAGCGACCCUCCCAUCAACAGCACGCUUUAUUGUGGGUCCAUCAAAACCGUUAUUGGUCAUCUAGAAGGCUGUGCAGGAUUGGCUGGGUUGAUUAAAGCCUCGCUGGCUAUCCAGAACAAGGCCAUUCCUCCCAACAUGCACUUCAACAACCUGAACCCAAAGAUUGAGCCAUAUUACGGAGGCUUGGAAGUGCCUACAACCCUCUUACCGUGGCCGGAGACAGGCGAUGGACCUCGAAGAGCCAGUGUUAACAGCUUUGGUUUUGGUGGCACCAAUGCUCAUGCUAUCCUCGAGAGCUAUGAGCCUUCCAUUACAGAAUUUUACCCAAGAUCAACUCCGUCGGAUGUGGGAACCGGCGGCAUCUAUGAAUUUGAUGGACGUCCCGUCGCACCACUGGUGAUCUCGGCUCGGAGCCAAUCAUCGUUGCUUGACUGGCUCAAGAAGCUACUCAGCUAUGUGCGAGUGAACAAAUUCGCGGACCUCGACGCUUUGAGCAAUACGCUAAAUUCAAAGAGAUCUGUGUUUCGUUAUCGAGUUGCGAUCCCGACCGUGGUUGAUCACGAGGAUCUUAUGGAAAAACUGGAAGAUCAAAUCAACAUAAUCAGCACUUCAAUGGACGGACCUCUCCAACAGUCGCCUGGAUCCAGCAGUAGGGAAGGGGCAUCCAUUUUGGGGGUAUUCACCGGCCAGGGAGCACAAGCCGCACGGAUGGGCUUCUCCUUGUUAGAAGGCUGCAAGAGCUUUAGGGAGUCCAUUCUGGAUUGUGAAGCGGCCCUGGCAUCGAUUCCAGAUCCGCCGACAUGGUCCUUGAUCAAAGAGUUGGCUGCAGACACCACAGAUUCACGCGUAGCAGAGGCUCAAUUCUCACAGCCCCUGUGCACGGCCAUUCAACUAGCACUUGUUGAUCUUCUACGCGCCUGUGGAGUCCGCUUCCACACUGUUGUUGGUCAUUCUUCUGGAGAGAUUGCUGCAGCGUACGUUGCUGGAGUCUUGAGUAAACGGGAUGCCAUGGGGAUCUCGUACUAUCGAGGGUGUGUGACGAACCUUGCACGAGGCGACAACGGUCAACCGGGAGCCAUGUUGGCUGCCUCUAUCUCUUUUGCAACAGCCGUUGGGUUUUGCUCUGAGCGACAAUUCAAUGGUCGGAUCACGGUCGCAGCGAGCAAUUCACCUUCCAGCGUGACUCUAUCCGGUGACAAGGACGCGAUUUCGGCGAUGAAGGAGUACCUUGCUGAAAAGCAAAUUCAAGCUCGAGCUCUUCAAGUCGACACAGCUUAUCACUCUCAUCAUAUGCGUGCUUGUGCUGGGCCCUAUUUGCGACGGCUCAAGGAGCUCGACGUGACUGUUCAAACACCGUCGGCUGAUCAAGAGUGUCGCUGGUAUUCCAGUGUCAGACAGAACACCGAUAUUCUUGACAGUGUAAUCGGAUCGGAGCUAGAGGGACAGUAUUGGGUUGACAACUUGACACAUCCAGUUCUCUUCUCCCAAGCCGUGAGCUCUGCUGUUGAGUUCAACACUACUGGAUUUACUGCCGCCAUCGAGGUUGGGCCACACGGCACUCUGAGAGGCCCAGUAAAUCAGACUUUGAAGCAAUCGGCUUCCUCUAGUCCCUCUAUGACCUAUACGGCUUGUUUAACCCGGGGCAGCGACGCUGUUACCACCUUCUUAGAGACUCUCACCACCAUCUGGACCCUUGCCCCAACCGCUGUGCAACUAUCUGGAUGGCGCUCAGCCCUUGGCAACAACGCCCCAAAGCCACCGAUUAAGGGUUUGCCUCCCUACGCAUGGGAACACAUCCAGGUUCACUGGCGAGAGUCCCGUGUUGCUGGUAACUAUCGUCUCGGUACACAGCCUCCGCAUGACAUCCUUGGUCGCCUCUGGAACGAUACCGGGUCCGAGCACACAUGGCGGAAUACAUUGCGGCUGAACGAAAUGCCCUGGCUCAGGGAGCAUGUCUUCCAGAACCAAGUCCUUUUUCCCGCGACCGGGUAUAUCAGUCUCGCUGUUGAUGCGGCUAAGGUGUUUGUCAAGAAUGAAUCCAUCAAGCUCGUCGAAGUGCGUAGCAUGACUGUCCCAAAAGCAUUGCCUGUCGGUGAGGGAGACGAGGUUGAAAUUCUAUUCACAAUCCGGAGCCGGGUCUCACCUGGAAGUUCUGGAGUCCAAACCCACUCAAAAUCGGCCAUGGAAGCUGAAUUCACCUGUCACAGCUAUCCUCCAAAUGAUCUAGAGGCGGAUAAGAAUUGCGAGGGCCUGCUACUCAUUCAUCUCGGUGAACCCGAGCCAACAGACCUGGCACCGACAUAUAUUUCCGACGUGGAAUUAACCCCAUGCAACGUGAAUCGAUUCUAUCACGCAGCGUCGGAGAUCGGCUUUCAGUAUGAAGGCGCGUUCCGCGCGUUGGAGUCGCUCAACAAAUGUUGGGGCCACGCAAAGGCAGUUGCGUCUUGGUCUCUGGAUGACCCCAGCAUGAAUAUCGCUAGUACCGUACAUCCAGCCAUUUUGGAUGUCGCUUUUCAGACUGGACUUUCAACCAUCCUCUCUACAGCAGAGAGAUCGAUGCAUAGUCCCUAUCUACCAGUUGGGGUCAAACGGGCUGUGAUCGACCCUAAUUGGGAUUUCAGGACCAAUGUUGCGAUCGAAGCUUAUAUGACCAGUCCCACGGUUGGUUUGGGACCGCUAAUCGAAACUGAUAUCAACAUCAAAAGCUCAACCGAUCAGACGGGUGUCUGUGAGAUUCAAUUAGAAGGGGUAACAUUCAAGGCCAUCUCGGAGCCGCAACCCUCGGAGGAUCGAAAUAUUCUGGCCAAGACUGUCUGGGGUCAUCAUGCAGCACAUGGUCUGGUGUCUGGAUCUGCAACGGACAAUAAGGACCAGCUAGGCUUACCAAGUUACAUGUCUGAGGAAUACGAACGUGUUGCCUUAUUUUACCUACAGCGUCUCAGUCAUUCGACCAGCGCGCAAGAAAUGGAAGCUUUGCCGCUGCAUCAUCAGAGACUUGUUCGGUCGAUUAACGCACUUGUGUUGUGGGCUCGCGAGACUUAUGACCGGUCUUUCCUACAACGCAAGUGGCUGAAUGAUAGCACCGAGACGAUCACAGAUAUUCUCAAGCGAGACCCUAAUGACAUUAACAUGUCGCUGCUGACGUCCAGUGCAGACAGGACAAUGUCUGUUCUAAAAGGGACGUUCAGAGGAGAUAGCAAAGAGAAUUUGUACACUUCUCUGUACGAACAGACAACCUGGGGAUCAACCUGCACCAACAAUAUCGCUCAGCUGAUGGCUCAGAUCAGCCACACAUUCCCCAGAACCAAUAUCCUCCAUAUGUGUGGUAGUUCUGUCAAAACCGUCUCAGAGAUAUUAGAUGUUAUUGACGAUGCGUACGGGUCGUAUACAUGUGCCAAUCCCUCGCAGAACAUUGUGGAUGGCUUGAGAGACGAGAUCGGUCUGACAUCUGCCAAAGAAAAGAGGCUCUCAUUCGAAGUGCUUGAUCCUGAUACCAAGGCGAGUCAAGAGUUUUAUGAUGUUGUCAUUGUAACGGACGUUUGCCGUGCGAGGAAAGACAUUCCACGGAGUGUCCAGAGUUUGCGAAGCCUCCUGCGCCCGGGGGGCUUUUUGAUCACAAUGGAGCUUACAGGCAUAUCACUUCGGCCAAUGGCUAUUCUGGGCGCUUUGGAAGACUGGUGGGCAAAUGGCGGACUCGAAGUGGAAGCGCCCGGGAUGAAGACAGGGGAAUGGGACGAUCUACUAUCUAACAACGGGUUCUCCGGCAUUGACUGCAUAUUCCACGACCAACCCGAUGUUAGUACGCAUGGCUACUCUGUGUUCUCCGCGCAAGCCAUGGACGAGCGGACCGAAGUCCUACGAAGUCCACUGACUUCGCUACACAUGAUCACACCAUCCCCCAUCAUAUUCAUCGGUGGUGAAACAAACCGCGUAUCAAAGCUUAUUCGUCAGGGCAAGAGCCUUCUGCGUGGCCUGGGGUCCGAGAUCCAAGCAUGGAGUCGUUUUGACCAAGUCGACUCCUCCUGUAUUCCUCCCGAGUCCUCAGUCAUAAAUCUCCAAGAUCUUGACAAGCCCCUGUUCUCUUCUCCUCCUUCCGUGAACGAAUUGAAGAACCUCAAGGACGUAUUAGCCAAUGCUCAAAAUGUUUUGUGGGUCACAUCCGGUCGCUUAGUGGAUGAUCCUUAUGCCAAUAUCAUGGUUGGCAUUGGGCGGUCGCUGAGGCAUGAACACAUCCAUCUCAAUCUUCAAUUUCUCGACUUUGAUCAAGGAGAGCCAUGGGAUAUUCAAACUGUCAUGACCCAGUUCCUCCGCCUGAUGUUCUCUAAUUCAUCACCAUAUAUUACGGACGGGAUACUUUGGGUGCAAGAGCCAGAAAUCGUGAUCAAAAAUUCGCACAUGGCAACGCCGCGAGUGCUCCUGGAUCCUGAGUCCAACGAGGUCUACAAUGCUGGUCGUCGUCAGGUUGUCAAGCCUCUUGGGCCGACGAAUGAAUUUGAAAUUGUUCACGACACAGUUGAAGUGUCAUCGAGGGUGGUGCCUGCCUCUAGUCGUUCGUUCGAGACUCUAGAGGAUAGUGUUGAAAUGGAUGUCGAGCUUUCAGUACCCCUACAUGUCAAUGACGAGACUCCUCGCUACCUGUCCCUUGGUCGGGCUAAAGAUGGUAGCCGCCAUGAGGUGGCAGGGUUAGCCUUGUCAUACAAAGAGUCUUCUGUUGUCACUAUCGACAGGCACUGCGACUUCAGCUCUCGUGUUCUUCGCGACUUUGACGCCCUGGCGCUCAUGAAAGUGUCAGCUCUUCUCCUUGCAUUCAAACUAGUCUCGAGUCUGCCGAGAUCUGGAACAACUCUGAUAUGUGAUGCACCUGACGGGCUCGCCAAAGCAAUCUCUGAGUUGGCCGCUGAGGAAGCUCGAAAGGUUGUGUUCGUCGCAAUCACCCACAGGCCCCAGAAGGGCAGUAGUCCAGCAUUUGUAUCCUUUCACUCUCAAAGUUCCAGUCGGACUAUGAGAAAGAGGUUGCCCAAUGAUGCGGUUGCUUUGUUUGACUUUUCAGGAACCAAGGCGGCUUCUAUCCUCCCGUGUUUGUCCUCGGGCUGCCAGCCACAAAGCUUUGAUUUGAGCUCGCUCUCGCAGGAAGAUGUCGAAGACACGUUGAACAUUUACGAUCGGUAUCAAGGUGUCCUCGAUCCAGUGUCGGCUCCUAGAGUCCUCACUCUGUCGGAACUGUCCCACAGGGGUUCUGGCAACUUUGAACGUCUCUCCGUUGUCACAGACUGGACUCGAGAAAGACCAACUAGCGCCAUUAUCCACCCCCUGAACCCACACAAUUUGAUAUCUCCGAAUAAAACAUACUUCCUUGUCGGUAUGGCGAGUGAGCUGGGUCAAUCACUCGCCUACUUCCUGGUUCGCAGUGGCGCACGCUAUAUUGUCUUAUCCAGCCGGAACCCGAAAGACAACCAGAACUGGCUCCGUGAUCUUCGAGCAGACGGGGUAGACAUUCGCGUUGUCAAAAUGGAUGUCACCGACCGUGUCCAAGUGCGCGAUACUGUCAGCCACCUCCGUCAAACCAUGCCCGAGAUUGGGGGCGUAACCAACGCAGCCCUAGUUCUCGAGCCGGCCGUCUUCGCCAAUCUCUCUGCUGCAAGUAUCGCCAAACAAAUGAUGCCCAAGAUCCACGGCACGGCGUAUCUCGAUGAGGUGUUCAAAAGCGAUCCGCUAGAUUUUUUCAUGUGUUUUGGCUCUUUGGGUACUGUGUUCGGAAAUCCAGGUCAUGCUAUCUACCACGCCGGCAAUGCUUUUAUGAUGAGCUUAGUUGCAAACCGCAAACGAAGAGGUCUGGUAGGCUCGAUUCUGAACUUCGGAAUGCUUGUCGACGUCGGGUAUGUGGCUAGGGCAGAUCGCUCUGCUGGGUCCAAUGUUGAGGAAUGGCUUCGCACCGAUGGGUUGAUCGCGUUAUCCGAGGCGGACUUUCACCAUGUCAUUCUCCAAGGGAUCGUCGCGGGACAACCGGAUUCACCUACUUGCGAGGUCAUCAUGGGUGUUGAGACGUAUUAUGACAAAGGACAAGUCCCGAAGCCAAGGUGGAUAAACACCCCGACACUCUCACAUAUGGUGCGCCCCGCUUCCGAGGCCAUGGAGGGUGAUGAACCCUCUUCUGGAAGCCCGCAAUCAGAGUUGGAGACUGCAAACACGGUUGAUGAGGCAGCCCCCUUGAUCAACGAGCUUCUAUCCCAGAAGAUUCAGUCCAUGAUCCACAUCUCUUUGGACUCAAUUCAUCCAGAUGAACCAUUCUCGCGUCUCGGAAUUGAUUCGAUCAACGCUAUCGAGAUCCGAAAGUGGCUGUGGGAGAGAUUUAGAGUCGAAAUCUCCAUGGUGAAACUUCUAGGUCGAGACCCUUCUGCUGCGAUCAUUCGGACUAUUGCCACGCAAUACUUGGAGAAGAGACCUGGAGCCCCACCCAAAAUUCCUAAUCAGCAUACCGCAGCUAGCGAGGAAAGACCACAGCCAGCGAACACUCAAGUGAAUGGCACGUCAGCAAAAAUAGCGACGGAGGCCACGACCAACGAUCUGGGCCGCGUGCCUGAAGAGAUUCGUAACAUUCGGAGUUCUGGUGACAGUAAGACAUCGCAGUCGUCAUCCAAGACUACCCCUGGCUCAUCACCAAUCUCCACUCCAACCCCGGAGCCUAGGCUAGAGAUUAUCCGAUCAGAGCGUCUGUCCAUUGCACAAGCUGGUCUGUUCUAUAUCGACAAGUUCUCCGAUACCAGAACAGCACUCAACCUCACGACAAGGUGGAGAAUCGAUGGCCCCUUGGAUGUUGAGCGGCUCAAUCGAGCUUUUCAGCAGACUGUGAAUCGCCAUGAGGCACUGCGUACUUGUUUCUUUGCAACCUCCAACAACUCGGAGAUUCAGCAGCACGUUACUAGCACCAGGGAAUUUUCGCUUACUCGGGUGCAAUCAAGCACGAAAACGGCCGAUGCUGAUGUGCAGGCAGCUUUCGACGGAUUCAAGCAGCAUGAGUAUGACCUCGAGGCUGGGGAGACACUUCAGGCUACCCUGGUACGACAUGACGCACAAUGGUAUACCUUGGUCAUAGGAUUCCACAACCUCAUUAUUGAUGUUGUUAGCAUCUCACUUAUCUUGAGUGACAUUGCUCACAUCUAUAAAUCUCAACCGUGGUCUCGGUAUCCUACGCCUACCUCAUACCUCGACUAUACCCAUCAGCAGAUAGAAGACGUGCAGGCGGGACGUUUUGAUGAGGAUAUUCUGUACUGGAUCAAACAUCUUGACCCAAUGCCAGAAGCUCUCCCAUUAUUGCCCGUCGCAAAGGUCCAAACCAGACAGAACAGUCGGGCAUACGGUCACCACUACAGCUCCAGGGAGCUGAGCAGCGACUUCGUGGAAACCAUUACCAGGAUCGGUCAAGCUCACGGUGUCGCUCCAAUGCAAUUCUACCUUGCUGCCAUGCAAGUCUUUCUCUCCCGCUUGUUGAACAUCAAUGACAUGGUCAUUGGGGUUUUACACACCGGUCGUGACGCCAUAAGCGAGUUUAGAGAAACGGUCGGCCAUCUAGCCUCAAUCUUGCCGAUUCCAUUCAAGGGGGUAUUGGAUAAGACUUUCCCCCAGCUCAUGACAAGCUCCCGCGAAAGCUUGCUGGAAAGCCUCAACCACGCAAAUAUUCCGUUUGCUCUCAUUGUGGAAAAGGUGCGACCUGGGGUGAGCGAAGGGAACAUGCCGCUUAUUCAGGUAGCUUAUAACUACACGGUCGAUGGCAGCCUCCCGAGCACUCUAGGAGACUGUACAAUUGCAGUGGAGGAAGCGGAUUUCACAACCGUGUACGACUUUGUCCUGGACGUGCGACGAUCAGCCUCAGGCGGUCAUGCUAUUGGCAUUACCUGCACCGAUGAUUUUUACCCUCAGUCAGCCACGCAGCUUAUCUUGGAUACAUUUGUUGGUGUUCUUGGCGGUCUGGUUCAAAAGCCCCUGACUGCUGUGAAGGACUGCGCACUGUUCAGUGAUGCUCAACUAGACCAAGCGAGAACUAUUGCGCGCACAUCUGCCAUCAAUCGCUCCUGGCCGGUCACAUUGCCUGAGAGAUUUGAGCAGGUCGCUGCUGAGUUUCCACAUUCGGUUGCAAUCAAGGAUGGGAUCGAGGCGAUCACAUACAGAGAACUGAGAGAAAAGGUUGAGCUUUAUGCCAGUAUUUUGCUGGAAGCGAAGGUCAAAGCUCAAACUCGAGUUGCAGUUUUCUGCAAACCCAGUAUUGACCUUUAUGCGACAAUGCUGGCCGUCUUCCGAAUCAGGGCUGUCUUUGUUCCUCUGGACAUAAGUGUUCCCGCCGCCCGACGAAAUGAGAUGAUGAAAGCAUGCAAGCCCUAUGGGUUGGUCUUUCACGCCGCUACUGCCAAAGAUGUGGCGGAAAACCAUCUGAAUCCAGGCAGCGAGAUCAAGCCUCUCAACAUAACUCAGUUAGCCCGUGUCCACCGACGGGGUACCAUUACGCUCCUCGAGCAAGCUCCUUCUGAUCCCGGGUCUGACAGCCAUAUUCUCUUCACAAGUGGCUCUACUGGCGUACCUAAAGGUAUCAAGCUUCAUCAGAGGGGCAUCAUGAAUCUCGCUGCUAUUUUGCGCGAACGAUGCGGCUUUCGACAGAUUAGGGUAUUGCAGCAAACAUCCAUUGGAUUCGAUGUAUCGUUUUCUCAAAUCUACAGCGCCUUCACCAAUGGAGGAACCCUUGUUGUCGCUCCAUUUGAGAGCCGAGGAGACCCAGACAUGCUUUCCAGGCUCAUUCUUGAUGAGAGGGUUGAGUUUACAAUGUGCACUCCGUCAGAAUACAACCUUCUUCUCACGUAUGCUCCAGAUCGUCUACGACAAUGCACUGAUUGGCGCUUUGCCGGAGCGGGCGGAGAGAUUCUCACUGGCCGAGUCAUUGAAGGUCUACGCGACUUAAAGUUACCCCAUCUGAUGCUGAGCAACUGGUACGGACCUACCGAAGUUACUGUUGCUACGAGCCAAGAUAUCCCCUUCUAUGAUGGUGUUAAUGACAGUCGUGGUCAAGGCAAUGACAAGAUGGGCUCCAACAUUGGACAUACCGUCCCGAACAACUCGAUUUACAUCACCAGUGCAGAUGAUGGAAGCUUGCUUCCUAUAGGCAUGCCAGGUGAGAUUAGCGUCGCCGGCAGCAUGGUAGCCAACGGUUAUCUUGACUCGAAGUUGAACGAGGGCGUGUUUGUCGACAACCCAUUCGCUACUCCCCAGGAUUCCAAGCACGGGUGUACAGCCAUGUAUAAGACCGGAGACAGGGGAUUUCUUCAUGAAGACGGAUCUAUCAUCUUCCUCGGGCGAACUCAACGCGGAAGUACGGUCAUUAAACUUCGUGGUUUGCGAAUCGACCUGAACGAGGUGACUGGUGCGAUUCUCGAGGCAGCACUCGACUACUUAGCAGACGUAGCUGUCACGGUCCGCGGCGACCCACAAUUCCUUGUGUGCCAUGUGGCUUUCAAGCCCGGAAAGCACCUGGAGCAUCAACAACUCAUGGAUCUUCUACAAACUCUUCCCCUACCCCGGUACAUGAUUCCAGCCACUAUUGUGGUGCUGGAUCGUCUACCACUGGUGCCAAACGGAAAGUUAGAUCUGGAGCUUCUGAGGAGCUUGCCUCUCCCAACGCCUGAGGUUUCAUCGGCGCAAACGCAAGCACAAGUCCCUGCCCUCAAUGGAGAAAAACUGACCCUAAUGGAAGAGAGGCUUCGCGCGCUUUGGAUCGACGUCAUUGGAGUAGUCGCAGAUACGGCCAAUAUUGAUGCACACUCCUCCUUCCUGGCUGUAGGAGGAAACUCUUUUCUUUUGGUUCACCUGCAGUAUACUAUCAACCGCGUGAUUGGGGUCAAGGUUCCUCUUUCCCAACUGGGACAGUCAACGGAUCUAAGGGGUAUGGCGGCAUUGAUUGAGAGGAAGCGCAGUGAGCGUCAAUUCAAUGUUUGA